AUGACCAAAAGUAUAAUUAUUCAAGCAAUUUGUACAUCCAACAAGAUAUUUACAAAUAUUUGUGUUGGGUAUCCAGGUCGUGUUCAUGAUGCUCGGGUGUUUAAAAAUUCUGAAAUAUUCAGUACUAUGCAAAAUGAAGGGCCAAGCUCUUUAUUCUAUGACAAAUAUUAUUUAUUGGGUGACUCAGCUUAUCCAAACUUAUCAUGGCUUAUAACCCCAUAUAAAAAUUAUGGAAAUCUAUCAGCAAGAAAAAAGAAAUGGAACUAUUUUCAUUCUCAAACAAGAGUCAACAUUGAAUUAAGUUUUGGAUUACUUAAAGGAAGAUGGCGUAGAUUAUUAUACCUGAAUGUCACAAAUAUUUCAAGAGCUCCUUACAUAAUCCUUGCAUGUUGUGUAUUACAUAACUUUUGUUUGGUGAAUGCUGAUGAAUUAGAUGAGAUUGUUAAUGAUGUCCAGCUAGAUAACACUUCUCAAACUGAUAUACAAAAUGCAAUGUAUGGAACUGAAUCUGGCAAUGCAAAAAGAGAUGAACUAUUAAACAUUCUAGUUCCCUAG